CCCCCUCCCGCCCCGCUUAGUAAGCCUUCGCCCCGCCGGUGGAGGGAGCCGGGCGCCGGGGCGCGGGGGGCGGGUCCUGUCAGUGGUCUGGGGCGGGCCCUCUCCCCGUCUGCACCAGGAGAUUGGUGGAGGCAGCCUCCUCGCGGGGUUGCCGAGAGCGCUUAAGAGCUACAACCCGCGCCUCCACGUCUGCGGCCGAUCGGCCCCUCGGCCGCCCGAGGUGAGGGCGGGAGGACCAGCGCGCCUCCCCGUCGCGGACUUGUCACGAGUUCUAGGCGACUUUCGUCCCUGAGGCCAGACCCGCGGGCGGCCGCGGCGGGCAGUGUGGCCCUCGGCCUGAUAGGACGCGUUCCCUGCCUCGCCGGUGUCGGGUCCGGUGACGCCCAACGGCUGGGUCGAGCUGAAUUCUGCACGCAGACAAGUGGGGCGGAGCGGAAUCGCGCGGAACCGAGCGGAACCGAGCGCGUAAGUUCUAGCGGGGCCGAGCGGAACUUUGCAAGCAGAGUGAGGGCGAACCCCGCCGAGCCGAGCCGAGCCGCGCAGAACGAGGGGGUCGAGCCGAGCGGGGCCGAGCGGGCCGUCUGUCGAGCCGAGAGGGCCCGAGCGGAGCCGAGCAGGCCCGAGAGGGGUCGAGCGGAGCCGAGCGAGCACAGUCGAGCUGAGCCGAGUCCGCCCGAGGCGCCCCGAAUACCUCGGCCCGGCUGUACUGGCGGCCGCCGCCAUGAAGCGGGACCGGCUCGGCCGCUUCCUGUCGCCGGGGGCGGCGCGGCCGCGCGGGGCCUCGGGCGGCGGCCUUGGCGGCCGAACCCGGGGCCGACCCUCGCGCAGCAGCGCACCAGGCGUGGACAGGGCGGCGGCCUUGGCGGCGGCGCGUCUCAGCUGGGCCCCGGCUCGGGCCUGCGCGGACGCGGGCGAAGACGGAGCGGACGAGGCAGGAACAGGCCGGGCUCUUGCCAUGGGGCAUUGUCGCCUCUGCCACGGGAAGUUCUCCUCACGGAGUCUCCGAAGCAUCUCUGACAGGGCACCUGGGGAGAGCUCUGAGAGACCGUCCCCAGGGGAGCGUGUCUUCAUCAGGGACUUCCAGCGUCUGCUGGGUGUGGCUGUGCACCAGGACCCAGCCUUGUCUCAGUUUAUCUGCAAGAACUGCCACACCCAGUUCUACCAGUGCCACAGCCUCCUCAGGUCCUUUCUGCAGAGAGUCAACGCCACCCCGACAGGUCAUCGGAAACCUUGUGCAAAGGUUGGUGCUCAGCCCCCCACAGUGGCAGAGGAAGGAGCUCGUCUGGUGGAUCUGAUCACCUCGAGCCCCCGGUGCCUGCACGGCUUGGUGGGGUGGGUGCACGGACAUGCGGCCAGCUGCAGGGCCCUGCCCAGCCUUCAGAGGACACUGUCCUCCGAGUACUGCGGCAUCAUCCAGGCUGUGUGGUGCUGCGAUCAGGGCCACGACUACACCAUGGACACCGACUCCCGCUGCAGAACCCUCUUGCUGGACAGUGCACUGGCAGUCAAGUGGGCCUGGGACCAGGAGACAGCCCCACGGCUCACCCAGAACCAGGCAUCCAGCCCCCCUGGGGUUGCCCUUCAGCUCUCCCAGGGCAGAGGGACCACAGUUGGGUCUGAGACCAAGAUGCCGCCCAGCAUGGAUACAUCCUCACCUCCCUCAGAUGGCAGCCCUGUGGGGCCUGGGCCAGGCCCCCCACCACAGCCCAGCUUUCCCCCCUGCGAGGCCCCAGGGCAAUUGGGUGAGAAGCAGGUUCCGUCUUCAGCCUCGGAUGAUCGGGUAAAAGACGAGUUCAGUGACCUUUCUGAGGGAGACUUCCUGAGUGAGGAUGAAAAUGACAAGCAGCAGAGUACACAGUCCUCCGACGAGUCCUUUGAGCCUUACCCAGAGAAGAAGGUCUCUGGUAAGAAGAGUGAAAGCAAAGAGGCCAAGAAGGCUGAAGAACCAAAACCUCGAAAGAAGCCGGGACCCAAGCCUGGGUGGAAACAGCAGCUCCGCUGCGAGAGGGAGGAGCUGCCCACCAUCUACAAGUGUCCUUACCAGGGCUGCACAGCCGUGUACCGUGGGGCUGACGGGAUGAAGAAGCACAUCAAGGAGCAUCAUGAGGAGGUCCGAGAGAGGCCCUGCCCCCACCCCGGCUGCAACAAGGUGUUCAUGAUCGACCGCUAUCUGCAGCGCCACGUGAAGCUCAUUCACACAGAGGUACGCAACUACAUCUGUGAUGAAUGCGGACAGACCUUCAAGCAGAGGAAGCACCUUCUUGUCCACCAGAUGCGCCAUUCAGGAGCCAAGCCUUUGCAGAGAGGAGAGCAGUGACUGAGAGGAGAGUCGGCCUACCUCAGGCAGAAGAGCGAGGACUCCUUGGUGUGGCACGUCAGGAGGCUGUCGAGGAACCUGGGGACAGGAAGGCUGCUGGCCGGGGCAAGAGGGCCUGGCUCCACCUCCGGGAGUGCAGACCCAGGCUCACCCAGGUGGACAACCAGGACAGCCAAGCCCAGCACAUGUGAGGCACUCAAGCGUGGGCCCUGAAAAGAGGGACAAGUGGCAGAGCUGGUGACAGCCCCCCAGCCAGAAGGCUCCUGUGCUUGGAGGACUAGCCAGGCUGCCCAGCCCUUGGAGCAGCCCCCGUGUGGCCUGCAUGAAGGGGGAGCCUACCUGGUGGUGGAGCAGCUGGCAGAGGCGGGUAAGGACUGCAGGGAGCAGCGUAGGUCCACACAGGGUCCUCACAAAGAAGGCUGCCCAGGGACCCUGCCUGUAGAUAACAGAGGUGAGGCCCUGGCCCCACACACCACUCCCACAGCUGAUCCAGGUGCAGAGGCCUACAAAGGGCCAGGUCAUUCCUCCAAACAGGGACCAAGGACAACAAGACUUCUACAAAUCCCCACGUUUUGGAAGUCGGCCUGGACACCUGCUCCUGGAAGUUGAGCUCACUCUGGCCUGGCCUGCUAUCUUGAUGCCCCAGGACAGCCCAGGAUCACCCAGUCAAACUCCUGAGCCCUUACCUCUCUGGAGGGGCAGAGCUGGAGGCCACCAUCAGGCUCUGACAGAAAGCUGAGAGCAGGAGGUCCACCACCUGGGAGGGACAUGGCCACCAACGGCUGUAGCUCCCACCACUAGCAACGGGAAGCAGCCUGUGCAAGCAUGGGGAGAUGGCAGGGCAGCUGGUCCCGGGACCCCCACCCCUGCCGAUUCCAGGACUCGUCCAGGACUUGGAAAUCAAUGCUGAGCAGCCGAAAAGGGUGAGUAGAGACUCAGGCCUGGGGCUGCAGAAGGUGUCUGCAGCCAGGACGCACACAAACGGGCUGGCUGGCCUGGGCAGGGAGGGCCCAGGUCUUUGAAGCCUGACCCAGCUCCUGACAUAACCUACGAAGCGGCUGGUGCCACAGCCUGCACCCACCAGCUGCUCCUGCUGCUGAAGUUCUGGAGCAAGGACGUUGAGCUGAAUCCUCCCUCUGCCACGGGGGCUGUCAUCCUCACCAUGCCCCAAGGCCGCGCUCAGUCGUUCAGAAACCACGGCCAUCUGAGCAGAUAUGACUGCAGGUAGAGAAACCACUCAGGGAAGACAGGACACGGGGUAGACCAGUGCUCAGGGGCUGACAUGGCCUCGCAGAAAGCUAAAAAGCCUCGGCCACCAGCUGGCUCCCACACCCCAGCCAGGCAGUGGCAAAGCUCAUUCUCAUUGGGGGAGGCAGUGAUCAGACCACGGACACACGGGGACCUAUGCCUCGUGACACUGAGCACAUGUGGUGUGGACAUGCUGGGCCUCUUCCACUGCUCCUUCUUCGGGGAUCAGCCUUUGGCUUCUGAAACCCCAGCCCAACCCUCCCACACGGCACUGGACAGCCGGGGCGAGACGAAGGCCGACCACCCCACUCAAGCAUGCAAACCUGUGGCUCAGGAAGCAGCUGAGCUGACCUUUUCAGGUUCUGGCUUAAGAGCAGAACUCUUCACAGUGCCCUCCAAGGGCCACGUCCUGGCCAGGCCUGGCAGCACAGGCCUGUGGUGCUACCACUGGGGAGACUGAGGCAGGAGCAUCACUAGAGCCCAGGUGUUUGAGUCUAGCAAGCCCAGCCUCAAAAAAACACAACAGGAGCACCCCAGGACCACGCGAGCACGGCUCUGAAAGGCUGUGUCUCCAGCCUGUGCAGGCGGCCUCAGGGAGGGGCUGCACCCCAGAGCUGCAGUGCUACGGGGCUGUUUGUGUGACAACUGAAACUGGUUACUCUGUGUGACGGUGGGCGUGGUUUGUUCCCAGGGUGGUGGCAUUGGUGGGUGUGGUGGGGUCCCAGGGGCAUCACCUCACAAGGCCUGCUGUGGUUCUCCAGGACACUACUGGGCCUCCCAGGAGGCUGAGAGACUGUCACAAAAGCACAGGCCUGAUCGUCCUGGUCUCUCUGGCCUCCUGCUUGCCUGUGCCCUUCUGCACAUACAGUCAAGCCUGGGACUGCCUGCCUCCAGAACUGUGAACUAAAUAUAUCUUAUUUCUUUAAAGAUUA